AUGGUAAAUUGGGGUCUCUUUGCCCGAUGCCGCGUUGCAGACUACCUUGGAUCAUGGAAGGCGCAAUGCCCCAGGGGCGAGGGAUGUCUGGUGCGGCACACCAGAACCUUGCAGAUCGUUGGUGUAAAGUUUGCUCGUCUAUCAGGCCGGGGCCGCACAGUGAUUGACUGUCAACAGAAAGAAAGACUCGAGAUGCCAUUUUGGGUUUAUUGA